AUGUCCCUUUUUUCUAAUUUUGUAGAUUCUGUUGCUACAGCCGUCGAUUCGGUAACAUUAAAUAAACGAUCAGAUGGUUUGAUUCAUAGCGUCAUCAAGGUAAAUCAAGGAUGCUUCAAGCUACAAAAGCUAUUAGGAGAAGGGGGAUUUGCCUUUGUUUAUCUUGCUCAGGAUGAUAAAAAGCAACUUUAUGCUAUAAAAGUGAUCAAGUGUGUAAGUAAAGAAGUGACAGAAAAUGCCAAGAAAGAAGGGAUCCUGUUGAGCCGACUGAACCACGAUAAUAUCAUAAAAAUCAAAGAUAUGUGUAUGAUUAAAGAAGACGAUGGAAGCAAGAUGUUGUAUAUGAUUAUGCCUUUUUAUAAGAGAGGAAGUGUGCAAGAUUUAAUAGACAACAAUCGUAAAAGUGGAAAAUGUUUAGAAGAAGAAUAUAUUCUCUCUUUAUUUAAGCAAGUAUGUCUUGGUGUUAAAGCAUUGGCGGAUUAUAGAAACAGACAGGGAAUUCAUCAACCCUGGGCUCAUCGAGAUAUCAAACCAGCCAACAUAUUACUUUCAGAUGAUGGCAAAACUCCAGUGUUGAUGGAUUUUGGUUCAGCGAGAAUAGCAAGGAUAGAGAUUGAUGACAAAAAGAUGGCUAAUAGAAUACAGGAUGAGGCAGCCGAACAUUGUUCUAUGCCAUACAGAGCACCUGAGCUAUUUGAUGUUAAAGUAAACAGCAAAAUAGAUGAAAGAGUAGACGUUUGGUCACUAGGAUGUACUCUGUUUGCAAUGGCAUAUGGUGAAUCGCCUUUUGAAAUGACGAUAAAUCGACAAGGAGGAGGGUCAAUAGGCCUUGCUGUAUUAAAUGGACAAUAUACUAUACCAGACAAAGGCUUAUAUUCCAAUUUAUUACAAGACUUAAUAUCGUACAUGCUUACUGUUGAUCCAAAAGAUAGACCAACAAUUCAUUCCAUCUUACAAAAAAUCAGCUUCAAAUAA